AUGACUAUCGACGAAAAAACGCCGAAGCAAAGCUGCGAAGUCGUCAAGGUCGAAGAUGCUGGACUCUCCGAGGCCGAUGUGUUUCUCCAGAGCUACCCGCUGCUGCGGGAUAAGUCGAAAGAUGAACUUGACAGGCUGAACAAGGCCGUUUUGAAGAAGCUGGAUUGGAAGUUUCUUGUCAUGAUCACGUUGAUGUUGUUGAUGAAGUACGAACCGCUCUAUCUCGACCGCAUCAAUGUCUCCAACGCUCGACUCGCUGGCAUGCAACGGGAUAUGCACAUGACCGACGUGGAAUGGUCUGCUGGUAUAUCGCUUUUCUAUGUCGGAUACAUCAUCUCGCAGAUUCCCGCCAACGUUAUCAUGGCCAAGCAGAAACCGCGCAUCUGGAUGCCGUGCAUCAUGCUUGCAUGGUCAGCCGUUACAAUCUGUAUGCCAGCGUGCACCCGGCCAUGGCACUUCAUGCUAUGCCGCUUCCUGGUAGGCUUCACAGAGGGUCCGUUCCUCCCCGUAGUGGCCCUUAUGACGUCCAGCUGGUACACCAAACAAGAGAGUCCCUUGCGCAUGGGCAUCUGGCAUGCCGGAAACAUUGUCUCAAAUGUGUUUUCUGGUUUACUUGCGGCAGCUGUCCUGACCAACAUGGACAACAUUGCAGGGCUACAUUCGUGGCAAUGGUUCCUCCUCCUUGAGGGAAUUGUAUCCAUUAUGGUUGCUAUUCCCGGCUUCUGGUUGCUUCCGAACUUCCCUAACAACACUGGAACAUACUACUUUAGCCCCGAAGAGCAGCAGAUGGCGCAGUAUCGGCAAGCGGUAUCUUCUGGCAGUGCAACCGAGGACGAUGAGGGCGACUACCUGGGCGGGUUGUGGCAAGCCGUACGAGAUCCAUUUACGUGGUUGUUUGCGGGGAUUCAUUUCUCGCUCAUAAUCGCGCAGUCAUUCAAGGACUUUUACCCGUCCAUCAUGGAUACUCUGGGAUUUAGCAAAGUCGAAACGUACCUGGUUCAGGCUCCGCCAUAUGUCAUAGCAUACUUGGUCACGCUGGCUGUAUCAUGGUCCUCUGGGCGCAUGCUCGAGCACGGAUACCACAUCAUUGGCGCUAUCUCGACCACUCUGGUCGGAGCCGUCAUCAUGAUUAGCACUCUCAACACUGGCGCGCGGUACUUUUCGAUGAUUCUGCUCUGCUGCGGUCCGUUUGUGGGCCUCAACAUCCAGCUGUCCUGGGAAACUACAGUCGUACCUCGGCCGCGCACCAAGAGAGCAGCGCUUAUUGCCAUUGCCAAUUGCGUGUCGAGCGUUAGCCAUUGGUUCACACCGUAUUUCUUUCUGAGAAACCAGGAGCCACGCUACGAGACGGGAGGCGGUUGCAUCAUUGCCGGGUGUGGCUUGACAAUCGUACUGUGUGUAGCGACAAAGUGGUAUUGCGGUAAGAAGAACAAGGCUUUGGAUGCCGAGGAGGAGCGUACGGGAACUGCCAGUAGCUGGAGGUAUGCGUCGUAG